AUGCAGAAUCAAAUACCAAAAAAAUUGUAUAUUCUUGUACCAGACAAACCUAGUCAGAUACAAUUGGAAAGUGCAAAUGCUUCAAGCAUGAUAUCUUCUGUUAUUAAAACCUGUCUUGGUCCAAAAGCAAUGCAAAAGAUGGUUAUUACGAAAAUUAAUAGCAUAGAGAUAACGAAUGAUGGUAACAGUAUUCUUAGAGAAAUUGACGUUUCUCAUCCUUCUGCGAGGUCGAUUAUCGAACUUGCUCGCACUCAGGAUGAUGAGGUUGGUGAUGGAACUACUUCUGUAGUUAUUUUAGCUAGUGGACUUUUACAAGAGAUGUCAAAUGUUUUAAAUACAGAAAUUAAAGAUAUAGGCAAGUAUCCUCACCCAAUAAAAGUUUGUGGUUAUCUCACUGAUAUCCUUAAGCUUUCAAUGGAUGUUCUGAAUCAAUUGUCUCUUAACAUACAAGACACAGAGGAGAGUAUUAAAGCAAUUAUUAGGUCAAGUAUUGAAACCAAAAUUUGCACCAUUUUAAAGGUUCCUAUAGAUACAAUAGCCUAUGAGGUUGUUAAAAUGAUUACGGAAAAUGGUGUUUGUGAUCUUAAAAAUAAUGUAAAAAUUGAAAAGAUUUUGGGUGGUAAUAUGGUGCAAAGCGGUAUUUUAGAUGGUAUAAUAAUUAACAAAGAUAUUAUUCAUCCACAGAUGAGAAAAAAAAUAGAAAAUCCGAGAAUUGUUAUUUUAGACACUCCUUUAGAAUAUAAAAAAGGUGAAAGUCAAACAAAUUACGAAUUUAAAAACAAGGACGAUUUUACUAAAGCCUUAGAAAUGGAAGAAAAACAAAUACGUACGAUGUGUCAAUAUAUACUUAAUGUUAAUCCUGACAUUGUAGUUUCAGAAAAAGGAAUUUGCGACUUGGCUUUAUCGAUUUUGUAUCAAAAUAAUAUUACUGCUUUGAGAAGAUUAAAAAAGACAGAGACAGUUAGGUUAGCAAAAGCUGUAGGUGCCACUAUUGUUAAUAGGGUUGAAGAUUUAGAUACUAAACAUGUUGGAGAUAAAUGUAGAUUAUUUGAAUAUAUUAAAUCCGGCGACGAAUAUUACUCCCAGUUCAGUAAAUGUAUUGAACCUAAAGCAUGUAGUGUGAUUAUAAGAGGACCAACAAAGGAUAUUUUAAAUGAACUAGAAAGGAAUUUUUACGAUGCUGCAAAAGUUGCUAAAAAUUUAAUUAUUAGUCCAAAACUUGUUCCGGGUGGAGGAUGUUUAGAAGCCAACAUUAUAAAAAAGUUGAAAGAAUAUAAAACAGAAGAUGUAUUGGAAAAAAUAGUUUACAACAAAGUUGCUGAUGCUUUAAAAGUUAUACCAACAAUUUUACUAAUUAAUAGCGGUGUCUAUAAUCCUUUGAUGAAAAUUGAAUUUUUAGAAGAAGAAAUAAGUAAAAAUAAAUUUAGUGGCGUAAAUGGUAUAACUGGGGAUAUUGAAGAUAUGAGAAAUAUAAUUCUUGAACCGUUUGCUGUCAAAAAACAAAUUUAUGCUUCUGCAAUGCAGGCUGUUAUCCAACUGUUACGUGUUGACGGUAUUAUGGAAAGCAAGCGAUAA